UGCGGUCGGCUCUGUUCUGCCUCGUCCCUCGGGCUUAUCGGGUUGACCUUGGCCGCUUUCGCCGCCUCACUCUCCCGCGGUGUCGACGGUGCUUGUCGGUCUUUCCCCUCUCUUAAUCGGAAUGGAAACCAUCUCAUCCCUUCAACAGCCUCGCCUGUUGCUGGAGCGACUGCACCAUCCCGAGCGCAAGUCGCCCGACCCGCAGCCUCCGCGCGAGAUAUCCUCCGGAACGCCCGAGCCUGCAAGCUCAUCCUCGAUUACGCCCGUUGGCUCGACGGAGAGUCUCGCUGACGACCCGGCUAGCGACCUGGCUGGAAACCCAACAGCCGCUUCGCCGAUCUACACUGCCGUCUACUCUGCCUCCCCGGUGUAUGAGAUGCUCGUGCGUGGCGUAUCUAUCAUGCGCCGGAUGAACGACGGCUACUUCAACGCCACCCAGAUUCUCAAGGCUGCCGGUCUCAACAAACCCAGGCGAACCAAAACCCUCGAGCGCGAGGUUCUGCACGGCGAACACGAGAAGGUCCAAGGCGGCUACGGAAAAUAUCAGGGCACAUGGGUUCCCAUCAACAUUGCACGUCAGCUGGCCCAGAAGUACGGCAUCGAACCCCUCAUCCGGCCCCUCCUCGACUUUGAUCCCCGCAACGCCGCCAGCAUCAGUCGUGGGCGACCACCUCCGGCAAUGAGACUCAGUGAUUUGACGACACCAACCCACCAUCCUGUCGGCACCCAUUCGACUGCCCACCCGUCGCGAGUGAUCCGAAGUAUCGAUCCUAUCGGGGAAGCUCACUCCAAGGAGGCUUCACUGACACCCACGGCCGAGGGCAGCCCGCGGCGACUGUCUUCGCCCUCCCGAGCCACGAGCCAAAUACCGAGUCCGAGCCGCGAGUCCCUUUCGCCAACCCACCAGCACCAUCACCAGACCAAAGUCGCUUGGGCUCGAUUUGCGGCUGCAGCCUCGGCUGCUGUACCUGUUACGACAUCCACAGGGCCCGCUGUUGCGCCGCCCUCGCCUGGUGACUCACUCUCGGACCGCGAGCGGCAUCGGUCUCCUCCCCACAACUCCUCGUCGUCAUACUCGCUAGCGCCAUUGAAGCGCUCGAUCCUUCCAACGCCGCCAAGGCCUUCAACAAACAUAGCCGUCAUCAAUUCGAUUGCGGCAGCAGACUGCGGCCCAGACGGUGCGGGCGACGCCGGAAGAACUGCAUCGCUUUCAGAAAGACAAAAGAGCAUCCUGAUGGCCAUCUUCUCCGACUAUGCCACCGACUACAUUCUACAUCUGUUGCGCGACCCCGUCUCGGGAGAGCUGAGGCCGAACACCAUUCUGGACGACGAAGGCAACACGGCGCUGCACUGGGCCACGUUCUUUGGCCGCAUCGGCUUGAUCAAGGGCCUCCUCGCGGCCUCGGCAAACCCACGACUCCUCAACCGAUGUGGGGAAACCGUGCUGAUCCGCGCCAUCAAAUCCACCAACAACCACAACCACCACACUCUGCCGGAGAUCUUUGAGAUCCUGCCCUCGGAUCUCGUGUUCAUGGACGACUAUCAGCGUCAGACCAUUCUCCACAAGAUCGUUCUGUGCUCGGCGCGCAAGUCCAGCAUUCCCUCGGCCCGCUACUACAUCCGGUGCACUGGCGAAUGGAUCAAGCGCUUUUCAGACUAUGACAUUCGAUCACUGGUGAAUGCUCAGGAUGCGAGCUACCAGACCGCACUUCAUCUGGCCGCGCGAAUGAACUCCUACGAAAUCGUGGCGGCGUUGCUGAAAGUCGGAGUCAACAAAGACUAUGUAGACGCCGACAAGAUGCGGGCCGAGGAUUAUGCCCACGGCAAUCGAAAGCUGCUCAGGCUUCUCAAGCUCGGGCUGGACCUGAGCGAAGGCGCAGAUGCUCUCGACGACCCCGGCAACAGCCUUGACGGCGACGAUCAGGUCACGCCCACAUCAGAUUGUACAUCCAGUCUCCACAGUCCCGGAGCCGAGAUCAAGCCAUCGUCUGAAGAAAUCGAGACAGCGCGCGACCAGCUGUGGAAUGCGAAGGAUGAGUUGUUCCAGCUCAAGAAAAGCCAGCACGAACUUCUCGGUCUCCAGCAAGAAGCUCAUAAACUCAUGGCUCCGCGGCUGCCCGGUCCAAGUGAGUCUCAGCCAACCGAGGAAGACAACGAAAGCGUGGUCUCGGGGGCAACCAGCGCUGCAUCACCGGCAAAGCGCCGCCACCGCGGACUACGGGUGGCAGGCAUCCAGGAGGAUCCAGAUGACCUGGACCCGCUCAGCGAUCGCGAAAGAGAUGGAUCUGAAGAUGAAGAGCUGCCCAUGAACCUUGGCCGGCGGCGCCGGCUCCGUCUAUCACCCGAAAAGCUGGUCCGGCUCCAGAGCGAGUAUGCGGAGCUAUCCCGCCAGCUCCAUAGCUCGGAGCAGACUCGAAAGCGGCAGUUUGAAGAACUGAACGGGAUCUGGCAGCGGCGGCCGACCAAAGACAAGCGAUACAAGCGGCAAAUCGCUCACUGCUUCAACAUCCCCGAAGACUGCAUCAGCGAUAUCAUCGAACCGCUCUGAGCCGGCGGUCUGUAGGGGCAGAGUGGGAUCGGCCUGCGUCUUGGCGGCCAACGCUGUGCACAGGUUCUUCGGUUGGCCUCGUGCCCCAGAAGGAAACAUCGGUCAUCGCAAGCGACUGAUUUCCCACUCGCGGCUGCAUCUCCGCGCGGUCGCCGUUUCAUUCCCAACUCAUCACUACCUUCACUCCACG